ACUGGGCUUGUGUUUUCCUCUUGUCAGAUGAUGCCUUCAUCAACCCUCAUCUGCAGAAGAUUUUUGAACGUGUCCGUCAGAGUGCAGACUUCAUGCCACUGAAGCAAAUGAUGAAAACUUUGAACAAUGACCUUGGUCCCAACUGGCGUGAUAAGUUGGAGUUCUUUGAAGAGCGACCUUUCGCUGCAGCUUCGAUUGGACAGGUUCACCUGGGGCGCUUGAAGAACGGGAAAGAAGUUGCCAUGAAAAUCCAGUAUCCUGGAAUAGCCCAGAGCAUCAAUAGUGAUGUCAGCAACCUGAUGACUGUCCUGAGCAUGAGCAAUGUUCUCCCAGAAGGUCUCUUCCCUGAGCAUCUGGUUGAAGUGCUGAGCAGAGAGCUGGCCCUGGAAUGCGAUUACAAGAGAGAAGCUGCCUGCGCUAAGAAAUUCAGGGAGCUGCUCAAGGACCACCCCUUUUUCUAUGUUCCUGCUGUGGUGGAGGAGCUGUGCAGCCCACAUGUCCUGACGACGGAGCUGGUGACUGGGUUCCCGCUGGAUCAAGCCCAAGAACUCAGCCAGGAGAUAAGGAACGAGAUCUGCCACAACAUACUCGUUUUGUGCCUGCGAGAGUUGUUUGAGUUCAGAUACAUGCAGACGGAUCCAAACUGGUCCAACUUCUUCUAUGACCCAGAAUUGCAGAAGGUGGCGCUUCUGGAUUUUGGAGCAACCCGGGGUUUUGAUGAGGAAUUCACAGACCUCUACAUAGAGUUAAUCAAAGCAGCUGCUGACAUGGACAGAGAGAAGGUGCUGAAGAAAUCAAUAGAAAUGAAAUUCCUAACUGGCUAUGAAAACAAGGCUAUGGAAGACGCCCACUUGAACGCUGUCCUCAUCCUUGGAGAAGCUUUUGCAUCCAGUGAACCUUUUGACUUCGGCAACCAAAACACCACCGAGAAGAUACAUGGCUUAAUUCCAGUCAUGCUGAAGCACAGGCUAGUCCCACCCCCCGAGGAGACCUACUCUCUUCAUCGGAAAAUGGGAGGCUCAUUCCUCAUUUGCUCCAAGCUGAAGGCCCAAAUUCCAUGCAAGGACAUGUUUCAGGAAGCCUACAGAAAAUACUGGAGUAGAAAGGCGAAGAAGGAAUAGUAGCACAGAACUGUUGAAUGUCCCCUUGGGUUUAUGGCCAAUCACCAAGGUUCUAGCAAACCACAGUGCGGUGUCUUCUCUCUCAUACCCCCCAGAACACCAGCAGCCUGGCUCCUGGAAGCAGAAUACCCGGUUCUAAGGACAGUGUUGUUCUUUCGUUGGACUUUUCUCCUCCACUUUACACUCACCUGAUUCCCUGUGUAGCCUCUCUUUUUACAGGAAAAUGGUUGUAGCCUAGUGUAGGGAUUGUGAGGGGAGGUUAGGCAGCUCUGUAUCUCACUGUCCCAGGUAUCAGCUCUCUUUUUCAGAUUUUAAUACUGAUAGCUGUGUACCAGUUUGUUUUUUUAUUGAAAACAAAACAAAGCAAAGCAAAGCAAGGGGUGAUGGAAAGAGAACCAAAACAAGUUGGCAUUGAAAUCGUAUUGUAGUUCUCCAAAUGUCUGUGGUUUCUCCCCCCACCCUUUUUUCAUAGGUCCUUUAAUUUUUCUUCUUCUAAGGCAGGAUACAAAUGGUUUCAUACUAUGAAGUUUAGAUUGCCAACACAACUCACAAGAGAAUACUAUUUUUGUAUGAUGCUUGCUGGGAAUCCAUAAAGGUCGGGAUCUCCUGAUGGUGCAGUGUAAGAUGUGUACAUAGCCUACUUUAUGCCUUCAGUCUCUUAAGUUUUCAAGGAAAGUGGAUAUUUUCAAGGAUCUGAUAGAAAGUGGUGCAGUGGCGUAUGUAGAAUGCCCUACUUUCAAAUGUGGCAGCCGUCUGAUUCUCUUGAGCUGAAUGUAUAUGCAAUGUAGUUAAUGGGGUUCUCUCGUUAAAUGGAGAAUUAGAGAAGCCAAAGCUCUUAACUGUGGCAUUUAUAGAAACCCAGCAGUGAAGCUGAACUAUCUCCACCUUCAUGCCUGCAUCUUUGUAAUGCAACCUUUGAUGGGCGUGGGGAGAUUGAUACUGCUGUGUUAUCAGUGGUGUUUCAAGAUUUUGUUGGAAAGCAUAAUAUACAUUAAAGUAGCUGAACGCACAACUUUAAGCAAUUGGAGGCAACUCGGCAAAUGUAUUUUGGGAGGGGUUUUUUUGUACAACAGUUAGUUGUAGCUGUACAACUUUCAACCGAUUUCCAAUAAAGAAGUGCUUGUGCAGAA